AUGUCCAAGGCAACUUUCGCCGUCAUCGCUGCGGCCAGUGCCGCCACUGGCGCCGGUGUCACGGCACUGUUGUACUCCUCCAAACCAACUCGUCCCCAGCAACAACAGCACCAACAACAACAACAACUUCCUCCUUCUCCCACUGGCACCGUCAAAGUACCCUCCAUAACCCCAACUCCCAUUCUCGCAACCAAGGCCACCGGCCCUGUCGAUCCAGCCGGUAUUCUCCAAUAUGGCUUCCCCGGCCCAAGCGCCGACGAGCUCAACACCCUCCCCUUACACGGCGCUUAUGACCGACGAACCCGUAACCCAUCCUGGGUCGCCGAACAUAUCACGCCCGAAUCUCUGGUCAUGAAGAACGCAGACCGCAAACACAGCACUUUCGCAGAGGACACCACCAUCCCAGCCAUCUUCCGCGCCAAAUUGGCCGACUAUUUCCGCUCCGGCUACGAUCGCGGCCACCAAGUGCCUGCCGCAGACGCGAAAUGGUCUCAGGAUGCCAUGGACGGCACUUUCUUGCUCAGUAACAUGUGUCCCCAGGUCGGCGAGGGUUUUAAUCGUGACUACUGGGCGCAUUUUGAGGACUUUGGUCGCAAGUUGACGGGUCGGUAUCCUUCUGUUCGCAUCGUGACGGGCCCGCUCUAUCUGCCUCAUCGCGAUCCUGAUGGGAAGUGGCGCGUUAACUAUGAGGUUAUUGGUACCCCGCCUAAUGUUGCUGUUCCUACCCAUUUCUACAAGGUUAUCUUUGCUGAGGAUGGGUCCAAUUCGCCUACGAGCAAGGUUGCUCUUGGUGCGUUUGUGUUGCCUAAUGCUCGCAUUCCGAAUGACAAGAGACUUUCCGAUUUCGAGGUUCCUCUUGAGGCGGUGGAGCGUGCGUCUGGUCUGGAGUUUGCGUCCAAGUUGGACCUUGGUCGGAGGAAGAGGUUGUGUCAGGAGGUCAAGUGCGAAAUUACCGUUCGUGAGUUCAACAAUGCUCAGAAGAAGCGCUGA